AUGACUACUCCGCUCAGCACGGAAACCCUAUCCUGCCGCCCCGGACCUAACGGGCUUCUAGAGUACUCAGAUAGCGGCGGAACGCAGGUCCUAGACAGGCCUUUCGCAGGCUCCACCGGUGUUGUUGUCUUCCGCGUCUGGGACUCGUUUACGCAUGGUCUUGCGUGUGUACCGCUGCACUUCACGUACGCGGCAUAUUCAGGAGCCCAAUCGUGUCCGAAUGUUCAUCUUCGCACUUCUGUGCCUCGACAUACGGAGCAAAUCAAUUCAUGGCGCUUCUCGCGCGCCGCGCACACAAGAACACGAAGGGCUCCUCGUGCAGAUCUACUUUCUCGCGACUCUUUUCAGGCAUGUGGAGAUACCGAAGUCGGCAUUCGCUACGCGUUUCAUGGGCCGUAUACUGGAGGCCUUUCAUACGCACCUCUGAGGUUUGUCGCUGCGCCGCUCGUAUCUUGUACUGGCUCUCUCGAUGUACCGCGCAAAGGCCGACUUGCUGCGGACGAAACACAGUCGACGGCCGAAAAAAUAUCCAUGACUCCGCUUGACUCUGGUAUACUCUACGGCUAA